GUAAUGUGUCUUUCCGAAGCUCCAACCAGCAAAUGGGUCAAAACCAUGGGACUCACGCCUCAAUCAACUGUGUAAACGAUUGUCCUCCUCGUACCAGACUUCCUCCAAGUCACACGACUCUUCGUAGGUUGACAGUGACUUGCACUUCUCCAACUCCAUCCAUCCGUACUUCAAAGGUCGUUGCUGUUUUUUUUUUAACCAAUUACCAAACUUGACACCCGAUACUAUUAAAACAAAUAAAAAUCGAUCAUGCGGAACAAAUCAUCUAAUUCGCUAUAUAAACCCCCGUAGAUCUGUUCAAACCAUCAUUCGACAAAAUGAAUAAUUUCGUGUUGGUCCUCUUCGUAGCCACAGCUCUGGCUGAAGAAGUGAAACCCCUUUACAAAUAUCGAUACGAAUCUGAAGAUGUCAUGAAAACUGCCGCGUCUACGAUCCCUGUUCACGGUUACCACGUGGUAGAAGGUGGUUACUACCCUUACGAAGCUGAUUUAGGAUUGUCUAAGUACGAACCAGCCUAUUCAAGGGGUGGGUACAGUGCAGGACUAGGAAAAUUCGGAGGAAUUGGCCCUGGUUAUCAGUAUGGACCUUAUGGUGGUAGCAUAGGGUAUGGACCUGCCAUUGGUUUGUCACCAGGUUACAUCGGUACCCCAUACCAGGGUGGUUAUGGAGGAGGGAUUGUAGAUAAAAAUAUUUACAGAGGUGGAAAGAAGAGUAUUACCGACGAGAAUUACGAAAAAGUUCAUGGUAAGAAGGGUGAGGAGAUCAGUAGAGGUCAGGAAGGGUAUAAUCAUGGACAAGUUGCCCUGAAAAAUGUCAAAGGGGAUUCCGGAUAUUAUAACGAAGAAGAAGCUGGGAAGAAACUGUUUGAGGAUGGUAAACACUACAAUGGGGCCCAGCAUUUCGCCCAAGAAGGUCUCAACGGCGGACAGAAGAAAAUUAACACAGGCCACAAGAAGGGACACAGCAUCAAGGGCUUCAAGACAUCCCACCACAAGGACGAAUCAGGCAAGACGGAAGAAUAUUACGACGAGGAAAACGAUGAGGGUAACAACGUCUUCUUCAAUGGCCAACAUGGUUCCUUCGGCGAAAACGCUGCCUCUUCCUUCAAAGGCGGUCAUGCUGAUGGCAAAUUCAACGCUGGCGAAAGUAAGAAAGAAGGACACUACGACCAGGAACAUUAUGUUGGAAACAGUAACGCUGGCAAGGGCAGUUUUGGGUCCAAGAAGUACGCUGGUAGCGGAGAGGUGUAUGGCGUGAACAACGGAUUGGACCAACACAGUUUACUUGGACACCAGGAGUCUGAGAGGUUCUUCAAUCACCAUCCUGAUCAUACUCCAUUUUACGGAAGUGUUUAUAGGAAAUGAUUGAAUUCUGCAGUUUUCCAAGUUCUGAUGAAUUCCUAGAUAUUAUUUAUUUUUCCUGUAUGUUUUGCUCAUAUUCAAUGAUAUGUACGUUACCAUAAGAUUAUUUUACUGAAACAAUGCCAUUAUCGAGUAGUGGAUGAGAAAUAGAGAUAUAGGUCAGCAAUUAAU